UUGAAGCAAUCGAGUACGUCAGUUGGCUGUCAGUGAGUUUUGUUGAAUUGAUUUUCGCGUAAAAUCAUGACAAUUGGUUUUCGGCGUAUAUGUAAACUAGUCGUACCCAUUACCGGUAACGUACUUUGUUUAUCUCGUGCACAAUUUGCAACUGUAAAAAUGGCAACCGCAAAUGUUGAUUACAAAGCGGCGAGCAGUAUUCAUGAAUUUACUGCAAAAAACAUCAAAGGUGAAGAUGUAAACCUGGACGUUUACAAAGGUCAUGUUUGCAUUAUAGUUAACGUCGCAUCGCAGUGUGGACUUACAGCAAACAACUAUAAGCAGUUGAAUGAACUGUAUGAUCAAUAUGCCGAAAGUAAAGGUCUACGCAUUCUGGCUUUCCCAUGUAACCAGUUUGCAGGCCAGGAGCCAGGUGAUUCAGAACAAAUUGCCUGCUUCAUAUCAGAUCGCAAAGUCAAAUUUGAUAUGUUUGAAAAGGUGGAUGUUAAUGGAGACAGUGCUCACCCAUUGUGGAAGUUUUUGAAGCUCAAACAAGGAGGUACCCUUGGCAACUUCAUCAAAUGGAAUUUCACCAAAUUUAUUGUUGACAAGAAUGGAGUGCCAGUAGAGCGGCAUGGUCCUAAUGUUGAUCCAAAAGACUUGGUCAAGUCUCUUGAGAAAUAUUGGUAAAAUUUGGAAAAAAAAAACUAAAUAAUUACUUUAUUGUUUUUAUAAACACAUAGAGUAGUAAGGCUUGAAAUUUGUUGCUGUUUAAAUAUUGUGAUUUAUAUGCAUUUGAUACAGUAAUGUGUCUAUUAUUUUACAAUUUAUUGCAUAUUUAUAAAAAUGUUAAUUAUAAUUAUUUAAAUGCUUUAAGGGGACUGUUUAAAAUAUGUUAAGGUAUUUGUUUCCUAAACUUUUAUGUAUUGAUGUUAGAUGUUACAAGUUUUACGAGGCACUG